UUCAGGAUUGACGUGCAGCUUGCAGGGAGCUGCACUGUUCUCCUCAACCAGUGGGAAAGGGAGGCAAGAGUAAAGAUUGAUCCAAAAGACCACAGUUAUGGACACAAUCUCGAGAAGCAUUGUACAACCAUUCCCAAAGGGUGGGAAGGAAGCACCGGACAUCAUAGAAUCGUCCAAUACAUCAUAGUCAGUGUUGAAGUGGAUGCGUACAUCGAUCCAUUGUCCACAAAUUCCUCUCAUGGGCCAGACAAUGUCAAGGUAGUGAGCAGAAAGGUAGUCAAAAAGGCUCUACGAAUGAUAGUAGUCUCUGACAAGCCUUCCAUAGCAUUUAAUGUGAUACAGGAAGGGAGACACAUAGCACAAUCUCAUCUCAUCAAAAUCAAAUCAUCCGUGGGGCUGCUGGGAUGGUACCAGAAUAAAGCAUACCCACAGUUAUUCCUCUCACAGACAGCAUUCAUAUUCUUUAUGAGACAUCAAGAUGGGAUGUUCGUGGAGAUUGUCAAAGAGAGGUUAGGCAAUUUGAAGAUGCAGAUGAUCGAGUCCACGAUGCAGGCUGGGUUGGCGAGGUUGAAGUAUCUCUUGCGAUAUAUUCAGGAGUUAGUUAUCAUGCAUGGGAAGGAAGGACGGCUGACCUUGGUGCAAGCCAAUGGUAGGUUAGAGGUUUUUCAGAGAACAAGCAAAGCCAGCUGUUUGCUAAAAGAGAUGCUACUGCAAUUUGAUGCUUAA